AGACUGUUAGAACGCGGGCGGAUGCGUCUAAAAAAGUGGGCGCCGCACCUCUCUUCAUAAAAUAUUUUUGCUGCUUCCUCGUUUGUUGGCAAUCAGAGUAUUUGUUCUAUCAAGUUGGUUGAUGAGCUGUUGAUAAGCUGUUGAUGUCAUCGGUUAAUUGAUUCCUCAUUCAUUUGGACGCUGUGAGUGUCUAUCGCUCCAUGGUGCUACGAUGUCGACCCAUCAAAUGAGUACAGUGCAGCAGGAGCUCAAUGAGCUCCGUCAAAAGCACCUUGCCAAAAAUCAACGAGAUAAGUUGAAGAAUGCUGCAUCUCCAUUAACCACACCUGAGGAGGCCCAGGCCUUCUUAAGGUCCAUGAGGAGAGCUCAGAAAGAUGGCACAGGUAUCAGCCACAAACCGCCAUCGAAUCUUUCCGCCGAUGGAAUGGAUGCCUGGUAUAUUCAGCAAAAGCAGCGAGAGUUAGAACUACGAAAACGUCGGCAAGAAGCAGAAGCACUUCUUCGAGGCUAUCGAAUGAGCGCGAUGCCGCGAGGGGGCUCCAUAAAGGUUUUUGGAAGCCCCAUGAGCAACGUCAGCGAAGCGCUGGAUGAUCCAGAUUGUCAUUCGGUGUACAGCAGUACACCUCGCCGUCAUACCAUACACGCAGGUGACAUGCCUCAGCACUUGCUACCCCCUUCGAAACGAGGCCUUGCGAGCGAGUUUGACGGUGAAGCCAACGCUGACGCCUUCAGUACAAUGACGCCCAGCGGACAUAAUUCCUUUCCAUCAGGCUCCGUCGUGUCUGCCAAAGAGAAAAUAGAGGAAAAGAAAAUUGAACACGAACCAAUGCACUACAAAGGGCGUCACAGCUUGCCUGGACGGCACAUGAUGGAAUCACCCUCGCAGAUACAGGAAGCUUUGACACCCAACCAGGGAUUCUUGCCAGAAACUAUUUGGCGCGAUUUUAUCAGUAAUGAACCCGGGUCAAAAUUUCAGCCAGAAAUCGGUCGCUACCACCUGUAUGCAUCUUAUGCAUGUCCUGGAUCCCACAGAGCACUCAUCGUACGCGCCCUGAAAGGACUUCAGGAUGUUGUUUCCGUUACAAUUGUACAUCCUACUUGGAGACACACCAAUUUGAUCGAUCCUAAUGACAAGCACCGCGGCUGGAUUUUUGGUGAUCCCCACGGCGAACCUUUCAGCAAUACUAUUGGACGAGGUGGACCCUUCCCACCUGCCUAUCCAGACAAUGAACCUGAUCCCAUCUUCAACGCCUACAGCAUCCGAAACAUCUAUGAGCAAGCCUGUGAUACUUCUGGCAAGUAUACUAUUCCGCUGAUAUGGGACAAGAAACUCAACACCAUUGUUAACAAUGAAUCGUCCGAUAUUGCAUACAUGCUAAAUUCAUGCUUCAAUGAGUUUGCAAGGAACCCUGACCUUGACCUUUACACAGAGGACGAUGAGGAAGGCAUGGAAAAGCUCAACGAAGUGAGUGAAUGGCUAUAUCCGUUGAUGAUACAUGGAGUAUAUCGAUGUGGAUUCGCCAAGUCACAAAGCGCUUAUGAUCAAGCCAUCGCCGAGCUCACAGAGGCCUUUGACAAGGCAGAUAUUAUUCUUCAAAGGCAACGAUACUUGACUGGAGAUGCUCUGACAGAUGCUGACAUUCGUUUGUUUGUCACAUUACUUCGAUACGAUGAAGUUUAUGCUUUCUACUUCAAAGCCAAUACCCGUUUGGUCAUGUUGACGCCAUCUCUGCUAAACUUCUGCCGAGAGAUCUAUCAAUUGGAGGGUGUUGCUCCCACCUGCAAUAUGGAGCACAUCAAGGCACACUUUUUCGGUUCCCAUGCUGAAUGGAACAAAUAUUCCGUCAUUCCACGAGGCCUGGGCUUCAUCGAGCUUUUGGACAUGCCCCAUGACAGGGAGCAAUUCCAAGAUGACGACGAUUUGCCGUUGGAUUUCGAGCCAUAUGAAGAAGAAGAACACCUGAUGCAUGGCCAUUAUGACGCGCAGCACUAACUGAACCUUUAUGUUCCAUGCACAUAGUGAUAAGUAUUAUAGGCAAAGAGGCAACUUAUGCAAGUUUGAUUGACAUGCAGCGUAAAGUAACUAUAGGCUCACAGCGGUGCGACGGCAAUUAUAGCAUGUGUGGCACUCUUUUCCACCGUAACAUGGGUGCAGGAUCUUGAUUUGUUACUAGACUAGUACUAGUAGCUCUUUAUGCACUCGCUCUCGUGCUCACCUUAUCCUGCCGCCAAGGGUGGAUGUGGGCGUGGGUGGGCGAUUUUCAUGUACCGUACGGGCUGUGGCAAGUCAGAAUCUUGUACGUUGUUUCUUCGUACACAUCUAUCAUGAACCAGACCAGAAAUCAAGCGCUUGCUUGUGUUCAUCCCCUUCAUCCAAGUGGAAUGUUUCUCCUACUGGAUGGUCUCUGGCAAGCUCAGGGUUCUGCCCCCAAGAUCGGCCCCUCUUGGGCCAGCACUACAUGUAAUCCCACCAACCCUUGAGUCUAUUAAUAGUAGUGGGCGGCCUCCGCAGCUCUCUUGAGCUUCUACCGUGGGACAAGCUAGCCCUUGAUUGGCUUUCCCACCACCCGCUACCGGUAUUCAGCCCUAUUCUGUCCAGUCUUUUUAAUGAGUACAGUCGUACUAGUAUUGCAUAAAGUCGGAGAGUCAAGAAACAGAAUUCGAUGGUACGAUAGGGCGAAGCACUCUCCACCGCAAGAACUCGGCCGCCCCGUUGUGGCCUUAUUUGAUGAGCAUAGGUGCCACGAAAUCCCUACCGGGAGUACCGG